GGGAAACAGCAGGAGGUCAGACAUCUAGCACUGCUCAAAUUAGGAACUCACUUUAACCAGUUUUCUGGUCUUCCUUGUUAUUUUGUAGAUACUACAUUUUCUCAGUGUUUAAUGAGAUUCCAACACCCUGCAGUGUACUUUUUGAGAGAUUUAUCUUCCUACACAAAAUAGACAAGCCCUAUUUCCUGCCUUGUUGAGGAUCCUACAAUCUGGACAUUACUGAGAAACUUCCGGGAGAUAAACUAGGAUCUGAACACUGCUGAAAAAAGUUUCCAAGGAGUGUUGUGCAUAGUACCUUCCAGAAUUGGAAAAUCUAGCUAGUAGGGACAAAAGCUUCCAGGAUUGUCCAUAAUAUUAGAGAUAAUGAGUGAGUACAAGAAAAUUGUUCUUCUGAAAGGAUUAGAGCGUAUGGAAGACUACCACUUUAGGACAAUUAAGUCCUUACUAAAAAAAGAACUACACCUGUCUGAAAAUAUGCAAAAUGAUUAUGACAGAAUUCAGAUUGCUGACAAGAUGGAGGUGACAUUCCAAAAAGAUGCUGGACUCGACAAACUGAUAGAAAUUUGUCAAGAUAUUAAUGAUCUUAGAGAUCUUGUUGAAAAUCUUAAAAAAGAGAAGGCAAAAGUUGAAAAGCGAAAUAAAGAAAAAGUAAAAACUGCAGUGAAAAAAAGGAAGCAAGAGGAACCCAGUAGUUCCCAAUCUCUUUCCACUGAUAAUGAACCAAACAAGAAUAAGCCCUCUUCAAAGAAAAAGUGUAAAACACCCACAGAAACUGAAGGUGGCAAGAAAAGGAAGCUUACCCAGAAGCAGACUCAUCUUUCAAAAGCUCCAGAAAGCAACAUACAAAAAGAUGAAGAUCGUCUCCAGACUCCUCAUAAGCCUCCAUCAAUACCACCCAGCAGUUCCUCCAACAAGAAACAAAAAAGGAUAAAUAUCAAAACCCAGAGGAUUUUUAAAACAGAGAUUUCUCAGGAAGAACAGCAGCUUCCAGAAUUAUCAGAAACCAGAAACUCCUCAGCUGCCAGUGAACUCCAAAAUUGUUGGGGACUCUUGACAACAGCUUCUAGCAGCCUUCAGACACCCCAGACACCUCCAUGUUUCGCUUUUAAAAAGGCUCAGGGCUCCCCAAACACACCACCAUGCCAGAAUUCUCUAGCAUCUCCAGUAUCAGACUCUAACACCCAUCUGAUCUCUCAUUUGCCUCUAACCUUGUCCAGUGGUGUCCAGGCACCUCAGGUACCUUUAGUAACAAUAUCUGAAAGUCUCCUGACUCCAUAUAUGUCUCCAGCAACAGCAUCCAAAAGUCUCCUUGCUCCAAGGGCGUCUCUAGCAACAGCAAUCAGUGCUCUCCAUGAUCCUCUGGGGUCUCCAGCAACUACCAGAAGCAGUUCAUGCAAGACACUAAGGAGAAGAACCAUACCCAAGGAACCAUCUAAGGAAGAAGGUUACCAUCGAGAACCCAAAGAAGUGAUGGUUUUGAAAGUAACAGAACCAUUUACUUAUGAUUUGAUUGAUGACAAAAGGAUGUUCCAUGCCACAGUGGCGACUGAGAAUGAAUUCUUCAGAGUGAAGAUUUUUGACCCAGUGCUAACGAAUAAGUUCAUUCCAAAUAAAAGUAUUGCCAUAUCAAAUUAUAUUGGCUCAAAUGGCUUUCUGGAAAUACACGAAGCUUCCUGUGUGUCUGAUGUAGACAAGAACAGAACAAUGAAUAUCUCAAAAACACUGAGGCAAAGAGCUAAUGCGACUCCUAAAAUUAAGGAUCUUUUCUCACAGGCACAGGGGACAUAUGUGAAUGGAGAGUUUAUGGUAUAUCAGAAAACUGAGAGGAGUCCCUUCAUUUACUAUGGAAUUGAAGAUGAUACAGGGACAAUGGAAGUGGUGGUCCAUGGAAGACUGACCAAUAUAAAGUGUGAGCCAGGCCAAAAACUUCGACUCGUCUGUUUUGAAUUGUCCUCAAGCACAGAUACAUGGCAGCUGAAGUCUGUAAGACACAGUUACAUGCAGGUUAAUGACUAUUUUGCUCAUCUGGAAGGUAUUGUGCAGAAUACCUUCCAGAAUAUCAAAAUCUAUCCAGUAAGGAUGAGGCUUCCAGGAUUGUCCAUAAUUUUAGAGAUAAUGAGUGAAUAUAAGAAAAUCAUUCUUCUAAAGGGAUUGGAGCUUAUGGAAGACUACCACUUUAGGGUAAUCAAGUCCAUACUAAGAAGAAAACUAAAUCUAUCUAAAAUGAUGCAAGAUGAUUAUGACAGAAUUCAGCUUGCUGACUGGAUGGAGGAUACAUUCCCAAAAGAUGCAGGACUGGACACACUGAUAGAUGUGUGCCAAAACAUCAAAGAACUGGAAGACUUUGCCAAAACCCUUAAAGCAGAGAAGGCAAAAGUUCAGAAGCAAAAGAAAGGAAAAAAUAAAACUGCAUUGGGAAAAAGAAAGCAAGAUGAACCCAGUAGUUCCCAAUCUCUUUCCACCAGUAAUGAAUCAAACAAGACACCAAGGAGGGGAAACAUACCAAAGGAACCUGCUAAGGAAGAAGGUUAUCAUCGAGAACCCAAAGAAGUGAUGGUUUUGAAAGUAACAGAACCAUUUACUUAUGAUUUGAAACAUGACAAAAGGAUGUUCCAUGCCACAGUGGCAACUGAGAAUGAAUUCUACAGAGUGAAGAUUUUUGACCCAGAGCUAAAAAACAAGUUCAUUCCAAAGAAGAUCAUUGCCAUAUCAAAUUAUAUUGGCUCAAAAGGAUUUCUGGAAAUACACGAAACUUCCUGUGUGUCUGAUGUAGACAAGAACAGAACCAUGGAUAUCUCAAAAACACUGAGGAAAAGAGCCAAUGCGACUCCUAAAAUUAGGGAUCUUUUCUCACAGGCACAGGGGACAUAUGUGAAUGGAGAGUUUGUCGUCUAUAAGAAAACUGAGAGGAAUCCCUUCAUUUACUAUGGAAUUGAAGAUGAUACAGGGAAAAUGGAAAUCGUGGUCCAUGGAAGACUGACCAAUAUAAAGUGUGAGCCAGGCCAAAAACUUCGACUCAUCUGUUUUGAAUUGUCCUCAAGCAAAGAUACAUGGCAGCUGAAGUCUGUAAGACACAGUAACAUGCAGGUUGUCAAUGUCAGAAAGAAAGUCCCUCAAGCCUGAUUCAGAUCUGAAAACCUGGAUGCCAAGGAUACUGUUUAUGGAGAUAAGAUCCAAGUCCAGAAAAUAAAUGUGUAUAUGAACUGUUGGAAUAUUAUAUCUAU